UUUGGUUCCAGUCGGAUCCAAGAGUUGCAGCAAGAGCGUAUCAACAUCCAAAAGAAGACUUUCACAAAAUGGAUGAACUCCUUUUUAGAACAGACUCCUUUCAAGAUUGGAGAUCUGUUUGAAGAUUUGGGCGAUGGAAAAGCUCUUCACCGCCUUUUGGAGGAUAUUACCGGCAAUUCCUUGGGUAGAAUGAAUUCUGGCCGUUUAAGAGUGCAAAAAAUGGAAAAUGUCAGCAAAGUAUUGAGCUAUAUUCGAACCAUGGUUAAGUUGGAAAGUAUUGGCGCUGAAGACAUUGUGGAUGGCAAUCCACGCUUAGUUUUAGGAUUGAUUUGGACAAUUAUAUUGCGUUUUCAAAUCCAAGAAGUUCAAUUAGAUGAUGAAAGCGCUGAACAACGUUCUGCUAAAGAAGCUUUGCUAUUAUGGUGCCAACGAAAUACUACAGGUUAUCCCGGUGUCAACGUUAAGAAUUUCACUUCUAGUUGGAGCAAUGGUUUGGCUUUUAAUGCCUUAAUCCAUCAUUUCAGGCCUGAUUUAAUCGAUUUUCGAUCAUUACCGCCGGAAAAACAUUUGGACAACUUAGAAAAUGCUUUCCGUGUCGCUGAAAAAGAUCUAGGCAUUCAUCCAUUAUUGGAUCCAGAAGAUGUGGAUGUAGUUAGGCCUGAUGAAAAAUCCAUUAUGACCUAUUUGAUUGCUUACUACCAAUACUUUGCUAAAAUGCGAACUGAGAAAACGGGUGGUAAAAGGAUUGGCAAGAUUAUUGGCUUGAUUAUGGAAGUAGAGAAAAUGGUCAAAGAUUACUACAUGUCCAUUGAUGAUUUAUUAAAAUGGAUCUCCAAAACCAUCGAAACGCUCUCUGAAAGAAAUUUUCCCAAUACUAUCGAACGGAUUAAGAAGGAGAUGAUAAAAUUUAACCAAUAUCGUACAACGGAAAAGCCACCAAAGCUAAGCGAAAGAAGCAAUUUGGAAGUAUUAUUUUUUAACAUUCAGACCAAGCUACGAGCUAACAAUCAAAAGGUGUUUACUCCCAACGAAGGCAAAUUUAUUUCUGAUAUAAAUCGGGCUUGGGAAAAGCUUGAAAAAGUUGAACAUGGACGUGAAAUCGCUUUGCGCCAAGAAAUGCAAAGAUUAGAACAUCUUGAAAAUUUGGCUGCUAAAUUUGGCAAAAAGAUUGGUCUUCAUGAAGAUUGGCUAAGCGAUAUGGAUAUUUUAUUAGACGAAAGUCUUCAAUAUAAUGAUAAGCGUUCUGUUGAAAUAUCAAUUCAGCGUCAAGAAGCCAUCGAGAAUGAUAUCCAAGGAAGGGAGGAUCGUUUUAUGCGAUUAUUUUCAUUAGCCGAUGAAUUAGUCAACGGAAAUUACCAUGGAGCUGAUGAUAUUCGCCAAAAGACUGAAAAGUUACAAACACGCUGGCAUGAUAUUCUAGCAAAACUGCGCCCUCGCCAAUUGAUAGCUGAUGCCUUAAAAGAAUUGUUAGUCUUGUAUCGAGAGAUAGAGUCAGCAACAUUCGAAUUGGAAGACUUAGAUAAACGCUUGUCGACGAAGGAGUCGAACCAGUCUUCAUUAAAUGUCGAAGCUUUAUUAGAGAGACAUAACUUAAUUGAAAAAGAAUUAGAAACACUUCGAGAAAGAAUCGAUAAGACUUCGCAUAAGAUACAAAAUUAUAUCCGAUCAGGCAAUCCAGAGUAUACUAAACUUCGAGAUAAACAUACGCAGCUUGUUAGGCUCUACAAUACUAUAACUGAUUUAUGCUUGAGGAAAAGAGAAACUCUGAGCGAAUUUCUCGAGUUUCGUUCCUAUCGCAGAAGUGCUGAAGCAGAGUUAGGUUGGCUGAAAGAAAAAGAACAAGAUUUCCGUACGGCUUCUUUAGCAAAGGAUUUAAGCAAUGUGCCUAGGAUGCAAAAGAAACAAGAAUUGCUCGUUUCUGAAAUGCAUGCUAGAAGGCCAAUGUUUGAAAAGACGAUGGAUGAUGCUGAGAAAGCAUCCAAAUUGAAUAAUAUCGAUGCCGAAAAGCUGAAAGAUAUCAUUUCUGAAGCUAGAUCAAAAUGGCAAACACUAUCCCGGCUAAGUCAAGAACGCUUAAAGUAUCUGAUUGAUAUUGGCCAAUUGCAACAGUAUUUAGCUGAUUGUGAUGAUGCAGAAUCAUGGAUCAACGGAAAAUUACCCUUAGUAUCCAAUACUGAUUAUGGCCGUGAUGAAAGCAAUACAGAAACAUUGCUACAGAAUUUAUCCAUGGUUCGGAAUGAUGUGGAUAAUUUUGAUGAAGACAUGCAGCGAUUAUCCAAUUUAUGCCGCUCAGUUAUUGAAAUGCUGGAAGGCUUGCCAUCAACACCAGUACAGCAACAACAGCAGCAACAACAGCAGCAGAUGAAGCAAGAGCAUAUUCCGAUACAAACUUUGGAUGAUAUCGAUCCGGAAGAAAGUUCUGAUGGCAAAGAAAUGUUAACAGAAAUUGAGGUACCACAAGUACGCGCUUUAUAUCCAUUUGAAGGGAAAAGUAUGACUAUGGCUCGCGAUGAAGUUUUACUGUUAAUGGAUAAAAGCCACCCAGAUUGGUGGAUUGUUAAAAAUGAUGAAGGUCGUGUAGGUUAUGCUCCGGCUAAUUAUAUUAAGGAAAUUGCUCCACGGGUCCUUUAUCACGUUAGUAAAGAUCCCAAAUCAUCGAAAAAAUUACGAAAAGAAGCCAAAAAAGAAUUAAAUUCCAAGCCACAACAAAUUACAGCAGCUGUUGACUUAAGUUUACUGCCAUCGAUCAAUGAUAUCCGUGAGAAACAACGCCAUUUACAAGGUCUCUAUCAACAAUUACGAUCGCUUACUGGCCAACGUUAUGAUCGUUUAACAUUUACGCAUUACUAUCAUGGCUUUAAGCGUGAUUGCGAUGAUAUCGAAGAUUGGAUUAAUCAACAAAUAACCACGUUAUCGAAUCCAAUUUAUCAAUCUAAUCUUGAUCAUUUAUCGCAUUUAGAGAAAGCUUUUGAGCAAUUAGAGCGCCAACUACCAAGUAAACAAGCACAACUAAAAACCAUUCAAGAUGCUGGAAAAGAUAUUAUUAUAUCCAAAAAGUAUCGACAAUUCGACGAUGAGAUAGUGAAAUCGAUCGAUCAUGUUAAUCAACGUUGGCAAGUCUUAUUAGCCUUGAAAAAUCAAACUGGAAAAAAUAUCCAAAAUUUAAUCGGUGUCCGCAACGUUAUACAGCAAUGUGAUGAAUUGAAAUUGUGGCUAGAUCAGAAGCAAUCUGAUCUAACACAAGAUCAGGAUGAUCCAGAUCAAGCUUAUUCACCCAAUGAAACGAAGAAAUAUCAUCAUCAACAUUUAGAUUUACAAAAAGAUAUAGCACGCGGUCAACGCGAUAUGGACCAUUUAUCGAAAUUAAUCCAAGAGUUAGCGAUAGAAGAGCCACAAUUGCAACAACAGGUGCAAUCUAAAUGGUCGGAAUUAAAUUCGAUCUGGGAUCAAAUGCAACAACAAUCCACAGCUAAGAUUGGUACAUUAGAUUAUGAAUUCCGUCUUGAACAGUUUAUGCGACAAUCCAGUGAUUUAUUAGAAUGGGCAGCCAAUAUGGAAAGUAAUAUCGAUAUCAGUCAUACGAUGAUUGAUAGUGUUCGCCAAGCUGAGGAAUUUCUAGAGCAAAAUAAAGAAAAUGAGGCAACGGUAGUUUUACAUCGUGAAAACUAUACCGAAUUAAUUGCCUUAGGCCAAUCGCUGAAAGCAGAACAUCCUAGCCAUCGUGAACAGUUAAAUUCUCGAUUAGAACAAUUAGCAGCCAGUCAAGAUCAUCUUAAUACAUGUUGGCAUGAUUACUGCAAAUACUUGUCCAAUUGCUUAGAUUGGCAAUUACUCAAUCGCGAUUAUCAACAAAUUAGUAAAAAAUACGAUGCUAUGGAGAAAUUGUUAACUCAAUAUACCGAUACAAGUUGCCCAUCCAAUUUCGAUACCAUUAAAAGGCGCUAUAACGAAAUAGAAGGACCAUUAAAAAUGCAAGAUGAUCGCUUAACAUCAUUUAAUAAUAUUGCUCAAGCGUUAUUAUUACGUGGACAUCCACAAGAUGAAGUUAUUACCAUCUAUCAACGUCGUAUUAUUGAACGGCGUGAACAAAUUUGGAAUCUCUAUGAUCAAUUAUAUGAUAAAUUGGUUGUGAUUGAAGAGAUUGCAAGUUAUGUUAAAGAAGUGGAUGAAAUUAUCGAUUGGGUAAGUGAUAAAAUCCAUUUAUUAGGGCAAGAUGAUUUCUAUCGUGAUCCAUCGCAUACGCAGAGUAAAUUGUCCAAGCAUGAAAAUUUAGAGGCUGAAAUUAAUGCUAAUCAAGAUCAUGUCGAUGAUAUUGUACAUUAUGGGCAGCAAUUAGUUAAGAAAUAUCAUGAUCAUGGCCUUGAAGCUAAAUUAUCCAUCGAUUUAUUAACUGAAAAGUGGAGUGAAUUAAUUCAACAAACAGAAUUACGACGACGCCGUCUAGAGCAAAAUAGUCAAUUGCAAUCAUUUAAUACCAAUAUGAAAGAUAUCGAUGAUAAAAUAACUCAUAUUGAACAUUUCUCUCAAUAUGAUGUCGAUGGUAAGGAUAUUGUUGCUAUACGCCAUCUCUAUCAAAAGUAUAAAGAAUAUGAGUUACAACUUGGCAUGAUCAAUAAGACAUUGCAAAAUAUCAACGAACGAUGUCAAGAAUUUGUUCAGGAUGAAAAUUAUCUUGCCUAUAAAUGUAUGCAAAAAUGCCAACGAUUAAUCCAACGUUAUGAAUUAUUAUCGCAACAAAUUGUCCAACGGAAAUUACGUAUUGAAGCAACAGCUUUAUUUCAUCAAUUUAAUCAAGAAAUUCAUGAUGAAUCCACAUGGAUUGAAGAUCGUUUACGCAAUUUACCCUCAUUAAUCGUUGUUACUGAUAUCGAUGGUGUUAUUGCAUCGCAAAAACGAUUGAAUUUAUUACAAUUGGAAUUAACUGGCCAUCAAGAAAUUAUCGAUCAAAUUAUCCAUGGUGGUGAUACAUUACAAAAUCGUUCAUCCAUGAUGAAAAUUAAAAUUCAACCUCUACGUAAUACUUUAUUAACAUUAUUAGGUAAAUUAAAGACAACCAUUCAGGAUAAAAAGAAAUACUUAGAUAUCGAAUAUGAAGUAUUGCAAUAUUUAAGUAAAGCAGAAGAAUUAGAAGCCACCAUGCAAGACAAGCUUAAUUUAAUACAUAAUCUCGAUCAUUAUCAAAGUGAAGAUACUGCUAAUCGCUCCUUGUUAUUGCAACAAUCGAUUGCAUCGGAUAGUGAUCAAUAUUCAAAACAAAUUAAAGCAUUACAAAAAGAAUGCCAACAAAUUGUGCAACUAGAUGAAAAUAAGAAAGAUAUUACCACUCGAAAACAAAGCCAACUACAGGAUAAAUUACGUCAAUUAAAAGUAUCCAAUGUUCAAUUAAAAAGUCGAUUAACAUCUUAUUUAAAAUGUAUUUAUUUUAUUCAUCAAGCGGAUGAAUUAUUGGCGUUUAUCCAUAAUAAGAUGAAAUUAGCAUCAUCGACAGAUUAUGGACGUAACAUUGAUCAUGUUGAUGAUUUAUGGCAUGGUUAUGAAAUAUUGCGUCAAGAAUUCGACUUAAAAGUCAAGACUUAUUCUGAUUUGAAAGAUUUAUCCGAUGCAUUAAUCCAUGAAGAAAGCCCAAUCCAAGAUCAAGUUAAAACAGCACGAGUCUCAGUGAUGCAAAGUUGGACUGUAUUACGUGAAGAAAUUAAAAAACGUGGUGAAAAUUUGGAAUCGGCUGCUACAACUCAUCGUUUAUAUAUGGAUUUGACAGAUAUCCAACAUCAGAUAGAUAGUAAACGUGCAGUAUUACGCCAAGAUGUGGGUCGAAAUUUAAAUGCAGUCUUAAGUUUAUUACGCCAACAUGAAUUAUUCUUAAAUAGUGUGCAAGCAUUAGAAGAUAAAGUCAAAGUUACUGUCUUUAAAGUAGAUCGCAUGCAUUUUCCACAUUUAAGUUUAUUAAUAUCCAAGAUUAAUCAACGUGCCCAUGAUGUCCAGGCGCAAUUAAAGACAUUAAAGUUAGCUUGCGAUGAUUAUGCUACACGUUUAAAUGUAUCCGAGCAACAUUAUCGUUGUAUGAAUUCGGUGAAAGAUUUAGCAUCGUGGGCUGUUAGCUUAAAUGAGGUUAUUACAUCGGAGACAACACCGCAAUCACGCCAGGAAUUAAUGGUUCAAGUAAGUAGUCAUGAAGCUAAUGGUUUAGAAGUGCGCUCGAAAGACAGUUUAAUUGAAGAAGUAUUAAGCCAAGGCCAAUUAUUAGUUAACAGCCAAGGACGUCCAGCUAUGGAUUUAUAUAAUGCUUUAUCUUUAUUGCGCGAGAAUUCUGAUUUAUUAAAGACUAAUUGGUCUAAUAGGAAACAACGCCUUGAACAAUUACAUAAAUAUUUCUUAUUUGAACAAAGUAGCCAACAAAUUGUCCACGAUUUAAAUGAUAUCCAAGGCAAAUUGAAACAACAAUUUCAAACAUUGGAUGAAUUGCAACAAGUUGAUCAUCGUAUUAAAGAAGUUAUCCAGCAAUUAAAUCAAUUGAACGAAAUUAAAGAUCGUAUUGGUCGCUUAAGUGAUUCUAUCCAAUUAAUGAAAGAUGGACGCUUAAGCCAUAAGAUGACCGAUAAUAUAAAUCACGAUAUUAAGCCUAAAUAUCAUGAUGUUUAUAAUCAUGCUAAUGAUAAAUUGAAAGAGGCUAAAUGCCAGCAUGCCUAUUUAGAUUUUACACAACGUGUUGAAGAAGUUAGAUGGCGACUAGUUGAAAAAGAUGAAUGCAUCCAUGAAAUAUGCCAAUAUUAUCUUGAUACGCCAUCCAUUGAAAUUCGCCAAAAUCAUUUAUUCCAAAGUCUACUAUUACCAUGUGAGAAAGAAAAAAUCGAAGUUAUACGUCAUGGGCAAAAAUUAUUAGAUACUGGCCAUCCAUUAAAUCAAGAGAUCCAUAAACAGAUCGGUAAAUUACAAGAUAAAUGGCAUCAGUUGAAAUCAAGCGAUAAAAAAUUACAACAUUGUCUAAUCCAAUCGAAAGAAAUGGCUAUCUUUAAUAAAGAUGCUCAAUUUGAAUUACUAUGGAUUGAGGAAAGAUUAACCAUCUAUAAGCAUCCAUCGUUAGGUCAUGAUUUACCACAGAAUCAAUUGAUACAACGCCAAUUAAAUGAAAAAGAAGAGGAAUAUCGACAGAAUGAGCUAUACUUGAAGAGUAUCGUCGCUUAUGGGCAAAAAUUAAUUGAUCAUCAACAUCCAUCACAGGAUUUAAUUCAAGUUAAACGUGAUCAAUUAAAUUAUCAAUGGUCUUUACUACAACAAUCGAUAGUACAAUUUAAAUUAUUAUUAAAACAAGCUGGGCAGUAUUUCUCGUUUGUUAUCGAUGCUAAUGUUAUUAUCCAAGCGUUAGAUAAAAUGAUCGAAGUGUUACAAAAUCAAGAUUUAGGCUCGGCAGCCGAUACCACACAAACUUAUAUUGCUACUUAUCGACGCCUUGAAGGUGAAAUUACAAUUUUACAACCGCGUGUGAUCGACUUUGAUCAACUUGCAACCGCAAUGUUAACAUCUUGUCCACCCUAUCAAGAGCAAAUCCAUGCUAAAUAUGAUGAAGUGAUGAUAAAAUGGACCCAAAUCAAUCAAUUAUCCGAUCAACGUAAAGCUGGACUAGAUGAUCAACAGCUUUAUCAUCAAUUUAAAUUUGAAGAAAAAUAUUGCUCUUCCUAUAUGGAUGAUAUUGAUCGCAAUAUGAAUGCACCUGAACUACCACAAACAUUAGAAGAUUCUGAAAAUGCAAUUAUGAUCCAUAAUGCUCAAGUUAAUGAUUUAGAUAAAUGUGCCGAUUCGUUGAAAAAACUCGAUGAAAUGUAUCAACAAAAUAGCCAUCGACCUCAAGCCUAUGAAAUGAAAGAUACUAUCCAAGAAUUGUUUCAACGCCAUGAUAAUUUAACUCAUGCAUGGGAAAUGCGAGAUAAAUUACUCGAUCAAAAUCGUAACUUGCAUAUAUUUAUGCAACGUGCUGAUGAAAUUGAGCAAAAUUUCAACCGUUUAGAUGAGCACUAUUUAACCGAUGAUAUGGUGGAAGACAGUAUCGAUCAUGUUGAUUUAUUGCAGAAAGAAUUAAACGAAGUGGAUAAAAAUAUCGAAGAAUAUGAUCAAGAUCGUAUAGCAUUGGAGAAAUUCGCUCUCACCUUAAUCCAAAGUGGCCAUUAUGAUAAAGAAACAAUCUUAAAACGAUUAAAUAGUUUAUUAACUAUUAAAAAUCGCAUUAAUAGCAUCUAUUUAUCAAGGCGUACAGAAUUGGAGCAAUUACAAGAAGUAAAAGAAUUUUUCGCUACCUGUGAAGAAUUAUUACUAUGGAUUAAUGAGAAAAUAUCCAUUAUCAAUGAUGCAUCUUUUAGUGUACCAACCAAUUUACCCUUGAAGUUAGAGAAACGCCAAACAGUUGAAAAAGAAGUUGCUGAACGUCGUGAUGAUGUGGACAUCUUAAUUAAUCAUGGUAGUAAUUUAUUAUGGAAAUCUAAGCAUGUUGGACAAAGUAUUGCUGCACGCCUAAACGAAAUUGAUGAUCGUUGGCAUUACCUAGUUGAUACUAUUGAUAAAUUACGUGGACUAUUAAUAAGUAGCUUUAACGGCCAACAGUUAUUAUCACAAUGUGAAGAUAUGAUCAAUUGGAUUAAAGAAGUUGAAAGUGAAUUAAAUUCCAAUCAAUAUGGACACGAUGUCAGUUCAACGACGGAGCUAUUAGAUCGUCAUCAUCAAAUUGAAAAUCAACUGCAGAAUAAUCAUAAUCAGGUUGUAGUAUUAUUAGAUAAAAUUGGCCAAUCGCUACAGACUGAACAUUUAUUGGAAGAUUCGUUAAAGAAUUGCCAACAGGUUUUAGCUGAAUCAUUUGAGCCAUUAGAGGAAAUUGCUGAAUAUCGUGGUGCUGUUCUGGAAGAAUAUUUAAGAAUUCAUCGUUUCAUCUAUAGCUGUGAUAAAGAAGUAUUAUGGAUGAAGGAGAAAGAGCCAUUAGUUAAUUCAACAUUUUAUGGCAAAGAAUUAAAUGAAGUCAGGAAAUUAUUACAUAAACAUGAAGAAUUGCAAGCGCAAAUGAAUGAGCACGAUGUCUUGAUUGAUGCAGUAAUACGAUUUUCAUCUGAAUUAACAUUCCACUACUGUGGUGAUCAAUAUUCACUGGAAGGAUCAGAUCGAUCAUGCCAAGAAUUAAUGGAUCGAUGGUCGGAUUUUAAGUAUAAAAGCAGUAAGCGAAGGGAAAAUCUCCAGACUAACGUUGAAAUUCAAGUGCUAAUCUUUAGCAUGAAUGAAAUUGAAACUACUCUUGGAGAUAUGAAAGCUGAAGUUUUAAGUGCUGAUUUAGGAGUUAAUGAACAAAUGAGUCAGGUCUUGAUGCAAAACUUGGAGAUCUUGCAACAAAAAUUAGACAAUUAUCAUGAGCGUUUGACUAACAUUGAGUCAGAAAUUAAUAAGUUUGAUGAGCAAGAAUUGCCAGAAUUAUCAACCAUGAAAAGGAAAUAUGCGUCUCUAGCAAAAUUAUAUACUGAAGUCUUCGAUCUUGCUCGUAAGCGUCAUGAUCAUCUUAACCGCGUCCUUCAAGCCCAUCAAGUUAGUAAGGAAGUUGACAAAUUGUACAAUUUCCUGAAGGAGAAAGAAUUAUCACCUGUCCUUCAUGAUCCUUGUCGUGAUCUAGACCAUGUCGAGAAUAUCCGCCAGAAGUUGAAUGAAUUCUAUGAUGUCCUGGAAGAUUGCAGAAAUCAAGUUGAGAAUUUCUACGAAUCCAUGCAAUUACUUCAAAGACUAAAUCAUCCGGAAAGUCACAAUCGUGUACUGCAAGAUCAGCUGGUCAAGGCUGACGACCAAUUACAUCAUUUAUAUGAAUUAGCUGAAAGGCGAAAGCAGGCAUGGAUCUUAACAAUUUUAUCUUAUCAUUUGCAUACUUACUAUCACGACGUUGAUGAAAUUAUACAUUGGAGUCAGGAAACGGAAAAGAACUUGAAUGUAGACGAAAAAAAUGCAGAAAGUGUCAAUCUAGCUCUACUACGAAAUAAACAUGAGCAAUUAAAGGAGGAUCUUGCCAAUAGUGUUAACCUACAAGUUGAAACAGUCUUUUCUGAGAAGCAAUAUCUAAUGCAAACAUUCCCUGACGAAGCUAAUCAUAUUUCUGACAAGCAUAAGCAAUUAUCUAUUAUUUGGUCGCAUUUACUAGAAAAUAUUUCCACCAUGGAUGGUAAAAUAGAGCAAAUUGAGCACUAUCAGGAAUUUUCUCGUGAAUAUAAAGAUAUUUGUUCUUGGAUUAAUCGUAUGAUGAGAUAUUUAAGCCCAGAUCUCAGUAAGAGUUGGACUAGUCUUGAAGACACAGGGAAAGGAAAGCGUACUUUAGAAAACGAUAUUUCAGAAUAUCACGAUCGAUAUAUUCAAUGGAUAGAAUUUGGUGAAGCUUUACUUGAUAGUGGCCAUUUUGCGUCUAAUGCUAUUCGUGAUAGAAUGGCUCAUGUCAAUGAACUUUGGUCUAACUUACAGCAAGAAUGGCUAUUGCAUAAGAAAGAUUUAGAUCAAAGUGUCCGCGAUCAGGUUUGUAAUCUUGGGUUAUUGUCAUUAACUUCUGAUUUAAUUACUAUUAGACAACGUACUUAA